AACCUGGGCCUGGGAACCCCUCAGGACCCGCUGGAGCAGGAGUGCGGCGUGGUCAUGGAGGGCGUCAACACCCCCUACCUGUACUUCGGCAUGUGGAAGACCACCUUCGCCUGGCACACGGAGGACAUGGACCUGUACAGCAUCAACUACCUGCACUUCGGGCAGCCCAAGACUUGGUACGCCGUGCCCCCCGAGCACGGCCAGCGCCUGGAACGCCUGGCCAGGGAGCUCUUCCCGGGCAGCGCCCGCACCUGCGAGGCCUUCCUGAGGCACAAGGUGGCUCUCAUCUCGCCCACGGUCCUCAGGGACAACGGGAUCCCCUUCAAUCGGAUCACCCAGGAGGCUGGCGAGUUCAUGGUGACGUUUCCCUACGGCUACCACUCUGGCUUCAACCACGGCUUCAACUGCGCAGAGGCCAUCAACUUCGCCACCCCGCGCUGGAUCGACUACGGCAAAGUGGCCUCUCAGUGCAGCUGCGGGGAGGCCAGGGUCACCUUCUCCAUGGACGCCUUCGUGCGCAUCCUGCAACCUGAGCGCUAUGAGCUGUGGAAGCGCGGGCAGGACCGGGCUGCUGUGGACCACACGGAGCCCACGGCCGCGGACAGCCGGGAGCUGAGCGCCUGGAGGGGGGUUCUGCCCGGAGUCCCCAGCCAGCGGGCAGACGGGGUCCCCGUCAGCGUCUUCAGAACAGGAGGCUCUGCUCUUGGGGAGUCUGCUUCCCGGAGCCGACCGCCCACGCCGGGGCCAAGAUGCGCCUCUCGGUGGGCGCAAGGGGCCCAGCUCCGUCCCUGGGCUCGGCCGGCCCCGGACAGUGCUGGGGACCGGAGCCCUGACACCUGUCAUUGCGCUAAAGCUUCCACAGCCCCGAGUCCUUGA